CGAUUACUAGCCCAUCGGCCCGAGCGCUUAUUUUGUGCACGAUUUGACCAAUUCCAGCCAACUCGUUAACGACGCCCUACAGGCAAUAAUGGGCUCGCACGGCCAUGGGGCGACACCGACUCCUACACCGAGGGAAUUGGUCCUUGUCUGUAUAUUCCUUGCUCUGUUGUUUUUCAUGUCCCAGCACUCUGCCGGCUCAGACAAUUCGUUUCUCGCAGAUUAUUCACCCCCUUUACCUCCUCUGAAACUAGAAUCUCCUCCUUUGAACCCAUUUCCUUCACCAUACAAGACAGAGUCUUUUAUUCAAAAUGACGGACUGGUUCGAGAAACAACAAUCAUCAAGCACGUACCGGGGUGGACCAUCAUCGAUUCGUUGUACAUGCACAACGGGACUUAUUAUGUUGUCACCUCCAACCCGCCAAUAGAUCCCCCUCAGACGAAAUACGACCCCGCUCAAUCUCCAUUCCUCAAGCUUCCACCACCAAAAGCAAUUCUCAGUAAAGGACACGACAUAUAUGGUGCUCGCGGUGGAAUGGGCAACGACCCGCUGCGAGCACCAGACGAACAAUAUCUCCAGUAUGUUAGCACGGCAGAGUUUCAGAAUCUCUUCGGUAUCGAUCUGUCUGUGAACGAAGUAGAUGAAGGCCAUGUGCACACUGUCCCUGGCUUAACAUUCAUCCUUAACGACUCGCCUCAGUUCAUCACACAUUACUACCAUUUCUGUGCAGAGUUGUGGUUUGGUGUAUGGCGGACAUAUGCUUCCCUUGGUGGUGGACACAAACUUCCCCCUCCCACACGAGUCCUUUUUCCGAAUCUUGACAGUGCUCACUGGAGAGACUACGCUAACAUGAAUCAACUAUUCAUGCGGAGCUUAUUGCCUAGCACUCAGAUGCUCUUUUCGCACGAUUGGUACGAUUGGGUCUCCCUUUCUGUCAUUCACAAGCCCACCUCGGAGUCAAAAACGAAUGGAGGUACCAUGAAAGGCAAACCCAUACUCUUCCCUCGGGUCCUCAUCGCCGAUCGUUCCGCCGCUAUGCCUGCGUUUAACUAUCAGCGAUUUCAACGUACGGCUGCCGUUCCCUUUGGCUUGCUUAUCCCACAAGGGGAAGAAGGCGGUGAUUGGUGGUCACCGGUUAGAGAUUCUGUCAGAGUAUUCGCUGGAUUGGACGACGACUCUGCGAAUGGAUCACCGACGAACCAUGAAAGCCGAUUGCAGCUCGAGUCCCAGCGCACUGAUGUACAAUCUGCACUCAUUCAUCAAUUACCGAACCCACCCCACGAUCGACUGACAGUUCAGGAUUUGAUCAAACCCACAGUCGAGGAAAGGUUCUCAAAAUGGACGGCUCCGCUACCUUCUCCUCCUUUUGUCGGAUCUGAGGAUUAUGAGACUCUCAAGGAGAAUUUCCUUGUUCCAUUGAAGCAUCAUGCCAACCCCGAAGGAAAGACAGAUGCAUUAUCGUUACUCGCAACUUCUUUGACGAGGCAACGAACCACACGGCCUGUCGUGACAUACCUGUCCAGGCAAGAUUGGAAUCGGCGCAAACUGAAAACUGAGGACCACGAAAGGUUAGUUGCCGAAUUGAGAAAGCUUGAAGUAGAGCUUGGCAUUGAAGUAAUAGUCGUUUCUGCCGAAAACCUCUCCCGAUGGGAACAAAUACGUUUGGUUGGCCGUAGCACUAUCCUCAUUGGUGUACACGGUAACGGGUUAACCGCCGAGUUAUGGAUGAACCUCGGCUUCCGGUCGACAGUGAUCGAGAUAUUCUAUCCUGGCGGAUGGGCACACGACUAUGAGUAUACAGCGCGCGCGAUGGGCGCAGGCGGAGGUCUCAAGCACUAUGGGAUAUGGAACGAUCAAGUUCUGACUUCGCCGGGUUUCCCCCCACCGUCGUAUCCGCCUGGGUUUCAAGGAAAUGAGAUUCCAGUAGAUGGGAAGACUGUGGCGAAUUUGGUGAGAGAUAGGAUAACGGCUGCUGGUCAACUUGAUGAUGGUUAAAUUUAAAAGUCGCUACUAACCAACUUCGACUACGAAGAUAGACGAACAUGGAAGACGGAACUUUCUUGACUUACAUUGAACGUGACGAAGGCGAAACGAUUUUUUCGUCUUUAGUUUUUGCCUUACUUGUUAAAAAGUGAUCCUGCGAUGGCAGGCAUGGACAUCCGGAUUAGAAGCUUUAUCGAAUAUCUUCCAGUAAUUUUCCACUUACCAAAUAAUCGGAUCACAGAAACACCUCUUUCAAGUUUCCUACUAUUCUCCCUUGUAUCAUGGAAUAUACUAGGUUGUAAUACACAUAUAUCUAUUUAUUGAUACUGUACUUAGUUUGGAACCGAUGUGGUACGGAUUAUGUGG